AUGGCACUGCGCAUCCUCGUGACCCUUCUCGCGUUUGUGGCCGUGCACAGCGAUGACAUCGAAGCUGCGAUGGCCGCGGACGACACCUGCGCUGCUGGUGGCGACUGCAGCUUGGAGCUCAACCAGCUGCGUGGCAUCAAGGUCCACUACCUGGACGCCUUGGAGGAUGACGAGGAGGAGUCCGUGCAGGUGGAGGAGGAAGCUGAACUCGAGGGUGGCGGCUGCACCAAUGGUCACGACAUGGGGGUUUGGAAGGGUGGAGGCAGGAGGAGCUUCGAUGCUGCCCUCAACCACUGCGGCCGCUCCUGUGCCGCCGGCUUUCCGUGCACCAAGGACUGCAUGCAGAAGAAGGGCUACUCGGCCGGCUGUGCUUCAUGCAUGGCCCAGUUGGUGGGCUGCUCGAGGGACCAUUGCAUGAACCAAUGCAUCACCAACGACAAGGCGCCUGCGUGCACGCACUGCGUGAAGUCCAGUUGCCGGCACAAGAUGAAGGCCUGCAGCGGUCUCAAUGCUGGUGGACACUGA